AUGAAGGUCCUGAUAUACCAUAGCUUUAAUGUCAAUAAUAUGGAUACCAUUGGUCGCAUUACAAUCCUAUAUACGGUAGAUAGCCAUAAUUAUAAAGCUUUUUUAAUUGUUUUGGCUGCAGGCGUAAUCCCCGAUCCCAUAAUCCCUCCCAACCUUUUCCGCAGCAAUUCUUUUACCUCGGCUUAUUUCGGCGGGUUGGCGGACAUGGUUAGGUUGCUUAUUAAAUAUGGCGUUAAUAUCCGUGCUUGUAAUCCAGAGGGACGUACGGCGCUGUAUACAGCAAUUAUUAAAGGAUACGUUAAAUGUGCAAAAAUCCUUUUCAAUUAUGGAACUAACCUGAACGAAGCUUCGAUAAAUGGACGAAUACCGUUAAUGAUGAAAUACUAUGGCCUCCAGAAUUUUGGACUUUUGGGUAUAAUAAUAGCUGAAUAUGCCGACGCGGAUACCAUAUUAAUACUCGCUUCGUCUUAUUAUUUGCUGAAGCUGUUGGGUUUAGACGGGUCGGUUAUAUUUAUAUGA